AGAGAAGCAGCUCUUUGCAUCUCUAGUGGAAAAGCGUUUUUUGGCUCGCCAACUUUUACCCGAGGAGGAAUCACCCGGAUUUUUGCAGCAGCUCCUUCGUGUGCUUUUCUCGAGAGGGGACUUGGCGCUGUUGAAGAUCCUCAGCUCCGGACGAGCAACGGGAUUGGACACCUUAUCCAACUCCUCUCCUUCUUCCUGGAGGAUCCUGGUUCUCUCUGGGACACGCUGAGCACUUGAGACAGGAGUUUCCAGCUGGGCACCAGAAGAAAUUUGCCUCCAACUCUCAGUCUGGGAUCCACGGGGACCGACCGGCUCGCUCUGCGGUGAUUUCUGAUUUGGUUGUGUUUGUGUGGAAAAGUCCUUGAAGGGGGGUUUAGGAGUCUCUGUGUGUCUCUCAGGAAGUGUUGUGGUGGGGGUUUUUGGGAGCCAGCUCCAGUGCCAGGGCUCAUAACCCAGUUCUGUCCCUGUUUGACACUCGCACGGUCGCGGCCAUGCAGUUGGAUAAUGUCACCAACGCGGGCAUCCACUCCUUCCAGGGGCACCGUGGAGUGGCCAACAAGCCCAAUGUGAUCCUGCAGAUUGGGAAGUGCAGGGCAGAAAUGUUGGAGCACGUCAGGAGGACCCACAGGCACCUCCUGACCGAGGUCUCCAAGCAGGUGGAGCGGGAGCUGAAGGGUUUGCAGAAAUCCGUGGGGAAGUUAGAGAACAACUUAGAGGACCAUGUCCCAACUGAGAACCAGAGGUGGAAAAAGUCCAUCAAGGCCUGCCUGGCCAGGUGCCAGGAGACCAUUGCCCACCUGGAGAGGUGGGUCAAGAGGGAGAUGAAUGUUUGGAAGGAGGUGUUUUUCCGCUUGGAAAAGUGGGCUGACCGCUUGGAGUCCAUGGGGGGCAAAUAUUGCCCUGGGGACCAGGGCAAGCAGACGGUGUCUGUGGGGGUGGGAGGCCCUGAGAUCAGGCCAAGUGAGGGGGAGAUUUAUGACUAUGCCCUCGACAUGAGCCAAAUGUAUGCCCUGACCCCUCCCCCCGGGGAGGUGCCCAGCAUCCCCCAGGGCCACGAUUCCUACCAGUGGGUCUCUGUGUCCGAGGAUGCUCCAGCCUCCCCGGUGGAGACCCAGGUGUUUGAGGAUCCCCGGGAGUUCCUGAGCCACUUGGAGGAAUAUUUAAAGCAGGUGGGUGGGACUGAGGAGUACUGGCUUUCUCAGAUCCAAAACCACAUGAACGGCCCAGCUAAAAAGUGGUGGGAAUACAAGCAGGACUCCGUCAAGAACUGGGUGGAGUUCAAGAAGGAGUUCCUGCAGUACAGCGAGGGCACCCUGACUAGGGAUGCCAUCAAAAGGGAGCUGGAUUUGCCCCAGAAAGAGGGGGAGCCCCUGGAUCAGUUCCUUUGGCGCAAGAGGGACUUGUACCAGACCCUCUAUGUGGACGCUGAUGAGGAGGAGAUUAUCCAGUACGUGGUAGGAACCCUCCAGCCCAAACUGAAGCGCUUCUUGAGCUACCCCUUGCCCAAGACCUUAGAGCAGCUGAUCCAAAGAGGGAAGGAGGUCCAGGGCAGCAUGGAGCACUCUGAGGAGCCCAGCCCACAGAGGACCCCCGAGAUCCAGCCGGGGGAUUCCGUGGACACCGUGCCUCCCUCAACCACUGCCAGUCCCGUGCCGAGCAACGGGACCCAACCUGAGCAGCCCCCCAGCCCCCCAGCCACUGUCAUAUGAGCUGCUCUGCAGCGCUCUGGGUGAAGUGCAAGGGAGAAGGGGGCUUAUUUAGGAAGCUUCUCCUUGGAGAGAGGCUCUGGCUGAGACGGGACAUGAGGUGUGCUCAGCCCAAGAGCCCAGGGCAGAGGGGUUGUUAACUUUGCUCGUGGGGGGAGGGAGGUGGUGGGGCAGAGGCACCUUAGGGUGGGGUUACCCACCUCAGCUGAGCCCUGCAAGGCGGGGGUGUUGGAGACCCCGCUGGCACCACUGGGGGGAACAGACCAUUUUAUGAGAUCCCUGAUGAGAAACCAGAGACAAUUCCCAACUUCUGAAGCAGCCGCUCGGCACUGGCGGCUCUCCAGGACUUCACACGAGUGCAGCAAUUGGCUGAGGGUUCCUACCCAUCUGGAUCUCUCCUUUUCCUUCUCUCCUCCCUCUUCUGAGGAAGUGUCCCUGUCCUAAGGACACAGCUUUCUUUUGACCCUUGCCUGUUUCUGAUUAACCACCAGGCUUCUGCUCUCUUUGCAAUCUCCUGCUCUUACUUGCUCCAAAGGAUUAAAUUAAUUUUUUUGAUUAUUUUUUUGUUUUGUGAAGAAAAAAAAUCCUAUUACUUCAGGAAUUGAAAGCUUUAAGAGUGGAUUAUUUUUGAUGUUUUUCAUUUCUCUGCACCUAAUACCUGCUUUAAUGUGUUUCCUCUCGAGAGGCUUUAUUGGUUUACUCCUUGUCUGAGUUUCUGCUCAUUCCAAUCAAGGCCACUGCAGUGCAGAGGCAAAUUUCUCCCUUUCCCUGCACAUUAUCCUGUGCAUUCAGCAGGAAACAGAUUUCCUAAUUAAAUUGUGAGCUCAUUUAUUGAAGGAGCAGUCUGCUUCCUUUCAGGGAGGGCAUCCAGGUGGAGAGAGGAGACACCAGAGCUCUUUUGAGAGGAUGGGGGGAGGGAAGGGAAAUCCAAAUCCUUAUUCUUUGAACAAAACAAACAAACACAACCCAAAUUCAGAGCAAAACAUCCCCGGAGCAGCAAAUUGAGUCCACACUGAUGUGUGGAGGCAACAGGAGCUUUUGCCAUGUAAAAGCAAAGAGAAGAUGUGAAGAGAGGACGUGUGUGCCCAGCACAGCUUCAGCAAAGAGCUUCUGCUCACACAGACAGGCUCAAAAUGCUCUUGGAAAGCCUGGAAUGCCUGUCCUGGAGCACCUGAGGACAGAGCAGUGUCUGCUCACAAAGAACUUUCUACAACAUCUAUCCAUGGAUGGAGGUGGACUUGGACUUUGUGACUUUUUCCGUGUGGAGACAGUAAAUGCUCAGCGUUCAUCUGUGGCCAGAGUUUGAGGAUGGGACUUUAGAGAUGAAAGACAUUCAUGAAGUUUGGCUCUUUGAAGCUUCUGGAGGCUGGAGCACCAUCUUGAGCAUCAUCUGCAUUCACCACCAGCCCAAAAGAACAGCGCCUGUGCAGGAGAUGGAGCAGGGAUGCAGCAGCAGGAGUGACCCUGGGAUGCUCCUGGCACUACCAAAGCAGGGACACGUGGCACUGGUGGCUCAGAAGGCCUUGGGUGUGACUCCUUCCAAGAGG